UCGGUGUUGUCUUUUGGUCCCGGCAAGGUCAUCCGCACGUGGUCGCGGCCGGGUGGUGGCUGGCUGGCAUUGGCGGGGAGGAAGGAUGCUGCGCUUGACGGUUGUCAGGCUGGUCCCCGCCGGCCUGUCAGGGCAGCAGGCCAGGCCAGCGGCGUCGGCGGCCUUCUGGGCGCGAGGCUUGGCGGAUCAGAGGCACGGCCCCGCCAAGCCUGGUUUCCCGCUGUGCAUCCCGAAGGCAGAGACGACGGCCAAGGCAGUCGCGAAUCAGGGCCCGCGCCCGACACGGCGCUUCAUCGCUUGCCCAGAGCUGGCGCGCACCGUGGUCUCCCGACUGGGUGCUGAGCUGCAGAAGACCGUCGUGCUGGAGUGCGAGCCAGGCCCUGGGAUCCUGACCCGAACACUGCUCAAUGCAGGUGCCCAAGUGAUAACUCUAGAGAGUAACAAGUCAUUCCUUUGUGACUUAGAGAUGUUAGAAGAGAAACUAAAUGGCCAACUGAAAGCGGUGCAUUGUGACUUCUUCAAAUUAGACCCUAUAGGUUUGGGAUUACUUAUGCCACCUGUAAUGUAUUCUGAAAAUCUUUUUGAUAAAUUGGGUAUCUUGGAUGUUGCUUGGACAGCAGAUGUUCCCGUAAAAGUGAUUGGAAUUGUCCCACAGGAAAAAGAAAGGAACCUACUUUGGAAGUUUAUCUAUGCCUUAUAUGAGCGUAGUUCUAUAUAUAAAUAUGGACGAAUAGAGCUGAACUUGUUUCUCAGUGAAAAAGAAUACAAGACACUUAUUGCAAAUCCUUCAGAAAGAAGAAUUUAUCAAGCAUUAAGUAUUCUUUGGCAAACUGCUUGUGAUAUUCAGCUUGUGCACAUGGAGCCUUGGUCUUCAUUUUUAACUAACUCGAAAAGGCCUAACCCCCCUGUACCCAAGAAGGCGCUGCUACAGAAUGAUCAUUUGUGCUUGGUACGGCUGACACCUCGAAAGGAUUUAUUUUCAGACAGUUUGACGACAGCUAAUUCCAAAUUAUUUGUUUUGAUGGUAAAACAAUGUCUUAUUAAAUCCAAGACCCAACUAGUAGAUAAAUUAAAUUUAUGGACCUGUGAGAAUGUGAAGCAACUGCUGGGACAAUUAGAGAUACCAGAGAACAGUACAACGGGUAGUUUAUAUCCAGAACAGUACAAAUGCCUUUUUCACCUUAUGCAACAAUCUAACAGAUUUGACCAAAGCUGGGUCUAUGAUAAUGAUUUCUUGGAAUAUCACAUGGAUUUUUUAAACGAAGCUUAUUGUUGAAAAUAGAUUUUCUGUGACUUGGGGUAUGACGCAAAGCAUGAAAUGGCUUCAGAUGUUGCUCAACAAAGCUACUUUCUGGGCAAACAAGGAUGACAUCUCUUGAAAAUCCGAGAUCCUGCAGAUCCAACCAAAGAAUGGCACAAUAGUACUUCUGUAGCUAAUUUUGAAGUGAUUGUAUCUCCUUACUAGGAUUGCUGGUAAAACCUUUUGUCCUAAAUACUGGACUGAGUGAACACUUGGUUAACUAAUGCACUGCAUCUGACCUACAGUUGGAAACUUUAUUAUGGCAUGUUGUGCAGUUUGUUGUAGAAAGAACAAUGACAACAAAGCUAACAGUAUAUAGGCUCACAGCACACAAGAGGCUAUUCUCAGAGUAGCAGGUACUCUAAAGUUAGCUUCCAGAAUAACAACAAAUAAAAAUCACAAGGGGCAAAAAGUGGAAGGUGGAAGUUGUGUUUUUAGUUUACAGGCCCAUUCUUACAUACUGGAGUUGCAUCAGAAAUGCCAAAAGAGGCAAAAUGCUUGUAAGAAUCUUGCUUUGAUCUAUAUGGACUGAAAUCCAAUAGUAAGUCACAAGUAGUACAGGACCAUUGAAUCAGUGGAACUUAACAAAGGUGUUCAUUUACCAAGUCUCCACUGAAUCAGUGGGCCUACUUCUAGUUGUGACUUAUUGCUGAAUUUCAGCCAUUGUAUAAUUGUUGUGUAUAUAGUUGUAUAGUGUGCAUAUAUUUGUGUGUGAAUACAGCUCACCAUGUUUCUGUUGCAUAAUAUAAAUUGUAAAUAGUUUGUGUAAUUACAAGAGGUUUGUAUCUUAAGUCUCUUAAUUUAUACAAAUAUAAACAUUUGUCAUAAAAUUGCAAAAAUGUGUUUUUAUUUAAAAUAAUAAUAUUGUGUUUAAUUUCCUUUUAAAGUAUUAUUUUCCUGUAUCUUUGUGUGCUUGGAAUUUGUAUCCAGUGGCAGUAUAGGAAUGUGUAGAUAGUGGAUGCAGAACCUUCUGAUACCAGUAUCAAGCUGACCAGAUGGCAAUUGUCCUUUCCCUUCCACUUUUUGAAGAUGGGGAUAUUUGUCCUGUUGAGUCUUCAGAGACAGCCCCUCACAACAAGGAUUCUGAAAAAUCAGAGACAGAGGUUCUAACAUGUGCUUUAUAUACAGUUGAUCUGGCCAUGUAGAAUUUUUCAAAUUUCUGCUGAGCAGACUCAGUAUGAGAAGUCCAAGAGCCUGACUGAUGGAACAUCACUCUCAGAUUAAUGAACUGAGAUAUCUGUUCUAAUAUCCCCUCCUCCUUUAAUUAUCCAUUUGAAAGAGGGAUCUUCUGUUAAAGACUCUAAUUUUAGCUUUCUUAUAGUUUACACUGAGCAGAUUCUUAGUACAAUAAGUAUUGAUUUUUUUUUUCAGUAACCUGAGGCAUGUUUGAAUAUGGGACUUCAGUAAUAUGUGAUCUCCAUAUUGCUAGUAUUGGAAUGGCCUUUCUACCACCCCUCCCUGGAAAGAAUUGCAAUCUUGUUAAACAGUCCAUUAUAUUGUUUAAAUAUUAAUAAAAUGCUUUGGGCCAAAGUACAACCUUGACAUACCCUUUUAACUUAUUAGACAAUUGGCCUGAAAUGCCAACUAUGACUUUUAAAGAAGCAUCAGUAUGCAGAUCUUUAAUUCUCUCUAGCAACCUAUAUAGACCCCAAAGUUAAUCACUUGGACUAGAGUCAAAUGCCACUUUAAGGUCAAUAAAAGUGAUGUAUGGUUGCUCUAAUAAUCCCUCAGUAUAUUUGCUGAUUAUAUGUUGUAAUAUAAAGACAUGGACCAAAGUAGAAAGCCUUGACUUAAAACGAAUUUGUUCAGGUACUAACAAUUUGUUUUCACUUACCCAUCCUUCAGUUUCUGGAGGAGAUUUCUUGCAUAGAGUUUGCCUAUAACAGUGAUUCCUAUCCAGGUGUUCUUGGACUGCAGCUCAGUGAGCACAGCUAGUGGUGAAGGCUUCUGGGAACUGGAGUCCAAGAACAUCUGAGUUACUGAUGGUUGGGAACCACUGGACUGUAACAUUGAGUAACCUUAUGUGUCUAUAACUGGCAGGAUCAUUUAUUUCAAUUUAAUUACUUAUAUCCUGUUGACACAGACUGUAUUAAUAAUUCCACAGUCAUGUUUUGGGGUUUUUUUUUAAGUAAGGUGAAAAGGCUCAUAGUAAAUUAUUGAAUUACCUUGUACAAAAAGAAAUAAAUUCCUCCUUCAAUA